AGGUGGGGCGUGGCGGGGGCGUGGAGAGCCCAGGCCCGCGGCCACCGCCCCGCUCCGGGCCGGCCCAGGAGGAGCCGCGCCGGGCUCGGUUAUAAGAGGCCAGCUAGCAGGCGCUCCGCGAGUACCCGCCCGACCCCGGCCCGGAGCACCGGGCGCCCAGCGCGGGUGAAGGCGGAGCCGCAGGGUUGGCCCCCAAAGGGAUGCUCUCGCCCGAGCGGCGAGACCAGCCCCGCUCGCCCCUCGCCGCGGCCGCGCCGCAGCCGCCCACGGCCGCCGACAUGGCCCUCUACUGCGGCGACAACUUCGGAGUGUAUUCGCCGCCCGGCCUGCCCCCGCCCGCCGCCACCGCCGCCGCCCCGGGCGCCCCCCCGGCAGCCAGGGCGCCUUACGGGCUGGCCGACUACGCCGCGCCGCCGGCCGCCGCCGCCAACCCCUACCUGUGGCUCAACGGGCCCGGCGUGGGAGGCCCGCCCUCCGCCGCCGCCGCAGCCGCCGCCGCGUACCUGGGCGCUCCGCCGCCACCGCCGCCCCCCGGGGCCGCGGCCGGGCCCUUCCUGCAGCCACCGCCCGCCGCCGGCACCUUCGGCUGCUCUCAGCGGCCCUUCGCGCAGCCCGCGCCCGCCGCGCCCGCCUCGCCCGCCGCGCCCGCGGGGCCCGGGGAGCUGGGCUGGCUGUCCAUGGCCAGCCGCGAGGACCUGAUGAAGAUGGUGCGGCCGCCCUACUCGUAUUCGGCGCUCAUCGCCAUGGCCAUUCAGAGCGCGCCCGAGCGCAAACUCACUCUCAGCCACAUCUACCAGUUCGUCGCCGAUAGCUUCCCCUUCUACCAGCGCAGCAAGGCCGGCUGGCAGAACUCCAUCCGCCACAACCUGUCGCUCAACGACUGCUUCAAGAAGGUGCCCCGCGACGAGGACGACCCAGGAAAAGGUAAUUAUUGGACUCUUGAUCCGAACUGCGAGAAAAUGUUUGACAAUGGGAACUUCCGUCGGAAGCGAAAGCGCCGCUCUGAGGCCAGCAAUGGCUCCACAGUGGCUGCUGGGACAUCAAAGUCCGAAGAAGGGCUCUCCUCAGGACUGGGGUCUGGAGUGGGUGGGAAGCCAGAAGAAGAGAGCCCCUCCACUCUGCUGAGGCCUUCCCACUCCCCAGAGCCGCCGGAGGGCACCAAGAGUACUGCCUCAUCUCCUGGAGGACCCAUGCUCACCUCCACCCCUUGUCUCAACACUUUCUUCAGCAGCCUCAGCUCCUUGAGUGUCAGCAGCAGUGUGAGUACCCAGCGGGCUCUCCCUGGCAGCCGCCACCUAGGGAUCCAGGGGGCCCAGCUGCCCUCCAGCGGCAUGUUCUCCCCGACCUCCAUCUCAGAGGCCUCAGCAGACACCUUGCAACUGAGCAAUAGCACCAGCAAUAGCACCGGCCAGAGAUCUUCCUAUUACAGCCCUUUCCCUGCCAGCACCAGCGGGGGGCAAAGCAGCCCCUUCAGCAGCCCUUUCCACAACUUUAGCAUGGUGAACAGCCUCAUCUACCCCCGAGAGGGCUCCGAGGUGUAGAGCAGACUCUCAGACUUGAGUAUGCACACCUGAGGCGUGCACACAUGCUGAUUAGAAUGCAGAUUCCAAGUCAGUAGGUCUGGGGUAGGACCUGAGUUCUGCGUUUCUGUCGAGUUCCUGGGUGAUCUCGUGGUCCUUUGACCACACUUGGAGUAACGAGGGUGUAGUAGAUAACUCUUGCUACAACCCAGCGAGCUUUUACAGGUUUCUCUGCAUGUGGGCCUCUCCAGAGAGAAAUCCGUUUCACUGUCUUCUGUGAUAGGUAGCCUGUGAGCCCCGUGAGGGCGGGGACCAUGUCUAUUUUGUUUAUCACUGUAUGCCAGGAUUGCAAGCUCAAGUGUGUACAGAUGGCUAAAAAAACAUAAGCCAACGAAGUUACUGGUGAGAAAACUAACAUCAGUUGGCAACUGAAGCAGUAGAGGGUAGUUGGGACUGACUAGUAGAAGGCUGCUGGGAACAGCUGGUUCUUUCUCUCCUCUGGCAGCAUUCUGAUUUUGUUUUUUUGUUUUUUUUUGACACAGUCUGGCUCUGUCGCCCAGGCUGGAGUGCAGUGGCGCUGCAACCUCCGCCUCCUGGGUUCAAGCCAUUCUCCUGCCUUAGUCUUCCGGGUAGCUGGGAUUACAGGUGCCUGCCACCACACCCAGCUAAUGUUUUGUAUUUUUAGUAGAGAUAGGGUUUCGCCUUGUUAGCCAGGCUGGUCUCAAACUCCUGACCUCAGGUGAUCCACCCGCCUCGGCCUCCCAAAGUGCUGGGAUUACAGGUGUGAGCCACUGUGCCCAGCCAGCAUUCUGAUUUUUAUAGAAGAGCCAGAUAUCUGAAUUUUUAUAGGAAACCUCCAACUUUGUGUCAUUUGCCUCUGAAGAUUUUUUUUUUGGUUGUUUAUCAUACUGUCCUAGGCAACACCACAAAUCCUUGAGCUAUGCAUAGGCAGCUCACAAAUCACCUCUGUCUGGUACAUGGUAUAUUCUAAUGGCAAUAAAAUGGCACAAGCAGCCUUGUGUGCCAGGCACUGUUCUCGGCACUUGUCAUGUAUUCAUUUAAUCCUCUCAGAAACCUUGGGUGGUGGGUAUUGUUACUACCCCCCAUUUUCCAUGUAAGGGAAGUGAAACUUCAGGAUGUUAGGUCACUUUGUCUAUUUUAGUCAUCACUGUAUACCAGGAUUGCAAGCUCAAAUGUGCACAGGUGGCUAAAAAAAAGUUGUGACCACUUUCCAAGGUGAGACUGAUAGUAAACUGGAGCCAGGAUCAGACCCAGACAAUCUGGUUCCAGAGCUGGUGCUUGUAACUUCUGUAUUCUACUUCCUGCAAAACCAAGAAACCAGCCUCCAUAGCCAGUUAUAAGUAUAUAGAGGGAAGGAAUGGAGCUAGAUCUCAUUUGACCAAAGAUUCUAGUUGAAAAUAAAAGUCAUCUGGUGUGUUCCCCUGGGUGGCACCUCUGUCUGAAUCCUGCUGCCAUAGUCCAAAAUCUGGGGUGACAAUUGUCCUAGUUUGUAAUGGUUAGCCUGGCAUCCUCUCCCUUUUAGCUUAUAUCCUGGAUGUUUCCUUUUCUAACAAAGUAUUAUUAGAAUUUUAUUAAAAAUAGCUUGUGUGUGUGUGUGUGUGGGUUUUUUGUUGUUGUUGUUUUGUUUUGUUUGUUUUGUUUUUUGAGACGGUCUGCCUCUCUUAACCAGGCUGAAGUGCAGUAGUGAGAUUUUGGCUCAUUGCAGACUCAGCCUUCCCGGGUUCAAACAGUGGCCCCUUCUCAGCUCCCUCAACCCACCCCAGUAGCUGGGCUCACAGGUGUGCACUAUGCCCAGCUAAUUUUUUAAAUUUUUGAAUUAAUAUUUUAACUUUUUAAUUUGUAAAUUUUUAAAUUUAAAUUUUUUUAUUUUAAAAUAAUUUUUUAAAUUUUUUUUUAUGGGGGUUUCAAAAAAAAACACAAAGCUCACUGCAGCCUCAAUCUCCUGGGUUCAAGCCAUCCUCCUAUCUCAGCCUCCCGAGUAGCUCGGACUACAGGUGCACGCCACCACACCUAGCUAGUUUUUUUGUAUUUUGUGUAGAGAUGGGGUUUCGCUAUGUUGCCCAGGCUGGUCUUGAACUCCUGGGCUCAAGCGAUCUGCCCACUUCUGCCUCCCAAAGCACUGGGAUUAAAGGCAUGAGCCAUCACACCUAGCCAAAAAAAAACUCUUAAAUGGAAUUUUAGGCCAGGUGCAAUGGUUCACACCUGUAAUCCCAACACUUAGGAGACUGAGGUGGGAGGAUCGCUUGAGUCCAGGAGUUUGAGACCAGCCUGAGCAGCACAGCAAGACUCUGUGUCUACAAAAUAUUUUUAAAACAAUGAAGAAAUGGGAUUUUUAUAGUUUUUAAUACAAAAACCGUUUGUGGUCAGUUUUUAAAAAGAUAUAUUUAAUCUUAUUUAUUUUAGCACUCUCUUCUCAGAGGUAUCAUUCGAAUAAUUUUUAUGGUCAACCUUCUAGUGCCCAGUAGAGUGCCCGGUACACUCAUCCACUAGUUGCCGAAUGACAGAAUUUAUUCAGGGCCGGCGCAGUGGCUCAAGCCUGUAAUCCCAACCCUUUGGGAAGCCUAAGCGGGCAGAGCACUUGAGCCCAGGAGUUUGAGACCAGCCUGGGCAACAUGGUGAAACCCCAUCUCUACAAAAAAUAACAAAAAUUAGCUAGGUGUGGUGGUGUGCACCUGUAGUGCCAGCUACUUGGGGGGUUGAGGUGGGAGGAUCACUUGAACCUGGGGGGUUGAGGCUGCAGCGAACUGAGAUCAUGCUACUGUAUGACAGCCUGGGUGACAAAGUGAGACCCUGUCUCAAGAAACAAAUUUUUUAUUCAAAAAGUGUUCAUUAAAAUGCAGGUAGUUGUCAAAUUUAUGGGAACAGUGUUCCACAAAAAUGAAUUCAUCGUCCUAUGAGUUGCCUUUGUACCACGUUUUUGGAUGUGAGCGUGGCUAGUUUGGGGUUUUAACUUUUUUAGAAACAGGAACAGAAGCACAUUGUAAAAAAAUUUAAAAUUCCCUGGGUAUUUUUUCACCCCGAGACUCUCACAGCAUUACUUUAAAAAUUUUUUAUUUUGAAAUGUACAUACAGAAAAUUAUUUUUUUAAACAGCUUAUUGAGGUACAAAUGACAUCACCAUUACUUUUUUAACAUUAUGCAGAAAGACAACCAAAGACUACCUACUCCCACAGUAUGUGUACAAAAAAACGGUUUCUAUGGAUAUUUUUGUAUAUGAAAAUAUCAUGGACUUAUAUAAAUAUUGUUUCUAGCACAACUCUAUAUUUGUAAAUUAAUUUAUAAUGUAAACUGGGGCAGCAAAGAAAAGUUUUUCCCAAGAAAGUUCACUGCAUGCUGAGAAGAAGAAUCACAUGAAAUAAACUUAAAGUGGGAUCA